GAUGGUAGAGUGCGUGCAUCCAAUUAAGAAGAUCAAUUUCUUAGAUUGAGUGCUCCGCUCCAAAUUGAGAGGACGAGCCGAGCUAGCUAGGUAGCAAAAUUAGUCAGAGAAAGUGGUCUUUCUAGUGUCUUGCAUUUCAUUUCCCCAGCACAGUUUGCAUAUCCAUCUCCAUCUCCAUCUCCAUCUCUAGCCAUUCAGCCACACACACACCGAAUCACAUAAUCACAAUGGAGAGAAUUACUUGGUUCUUCAUGAUCGUAUACUACUACUGUUGCAUGGCUAGCUUAACCAUGGCAGCACAAACCAACAUCAGCACAGACCAGUCUGCUCUUCUUGCUCUCAAAUCCUGUAUCACCCAUGACCCUCAAAACAAAAUCUUGUCCAAUUGGUCAACCACCACUCAAGUCUGCAACUGGGCUGGCGUCACUUGUGGUGCAGGCCAUCAUCGAGUCACAGACUUGAAUAUCUCUAACUUUGGUCUUGUAGGCACCAUUGCUCCCGAACUAGGCAACCUAUCAUUCCUUGUUAAUAUGGACUUCACAAAUAACAACUUCCACGGUUCCUUGCCCCAGGAAUUGAGUCGUUUGCGCCAAUUGAAGUUCAUUUGUUUCAGAUUAAACAGGUUGAUGGGUAUUAUUCCAUCAUGGCUUGGGUCUUUAUCCAAACUUCAAACAAUCAAUUUGCGUGGUAAUAAAUUUUCAGGUUCCAUACCCACUGCCAUGUGCAACUUAUCUGUGCUCCAAGUAAUUAAUUUGGGAUAUAACCAGCUAUCAGGUAGCAUACCAAGAGAAGUUAGAAACUUAACACUGUUGAAGGAGAUAUUACUGGAUAACAACAUGUUCAAAGACUAUUUUCCAAACGAGAUCGGCAGUUUGGAUAAGCUGGAGAAGUUGUGGUUGGGGUCCAACUUCCUUCAAGGGCAUCUUCCUGAAGAUAUAUGUCAACAUCAUCCAAACAUUCAACAAAUGCUUUUGGGUGGCAACAAGUUUGAUGGUCCACUUCCAUCCAAAUGGUCUCAAUGCAAACAACUUCGCUGGUUAGAUUUCUCAUCUAACAAUUUGAGAGGUACUAUACCACAUGAGAUUGGUGAUCUCCCAAAUUUAGAGAAAUUGAAUCUUGGUGUUAAUAAUCUCAACGGCCUCAUCCCAUCCUCAGUCUUCAAUAUGUCCACAAUAACAAUGAUAUCGCUUGUUUACAAUCAACUCUCAGGUAGCCUCCCAUUAAACAUAGGCCUUGGGCUUCCAAACCUACAAGAGUUGUAUCUAGGAGGAAAUAAGCUAGGCGGAGUAAUUCCCAAAUCUAUCUCCAAUGUUUCGCAGCUCACAGUCCUAGGCCUGUUGAACAACAGUUUGAUAGGUACUAUACCACAUGAGAUUGGAGAUCUCCCAAAUUUAGAGAAAUUGAACCUUGGUGUUAAUAAUCUCAACGGCCUCAUCCCAUCCUCAGUCUUCAAUAUAUCCACACUAACAGUGAUCUCGCUUGGUUCCAAUCAACUCUCAGGUAGCCUCCCAUUAAACAUAGGCCUUGGGCUUCCAAACCUACAAGAGUUGUAUCUAGGAGAAAAUAAGCUAGGCGGAGUAAUUCCCAAAUCCAUCUCCAAUGUUUCGCAGCUCACAAUCCUAAGCAUGAUCUACAACAAUUUGAGAGGUACUAUACCACAUGAGAUUGGUGAUCUCCCAAAUUUAGAGAAAUUGAAUCUUGGUGUUAAUAAUCUCAACGGCCUCAUACCAUCGUCAAUCUUCAAUAUGUCCACAAUAACAGUGAUAUCGCUUGUUUCCAAUCAACUCUCAGGUAGCCUCCCAUUAAACAUAGGCCUUGGGCUUCCAAACCUACAAGAGUUGUAUCUAGGAGGAAAUAAGCUAGGCGGAGUAAUUCCCAAAUCUAUCUCCAAUGUUUCGCAGCUCACAGUCCUAGGCCUGUUGAACAACAGUUUGAUAGGUACUAUACCACAUGAGAUUGGAGAUCUCCCAAAUUUAGAGAAAUUGAACCUUGGUGUUAAUAAUCUCAACGGCCUCAUCCCAUCCUCAGUCUUCAAUAUAUCCACACUAACAGUGAUCUCGCUUGGUUCCAAUCAACUCUCAGGUAGCCUCCCAUUAAACAUAGGCCUUGGGCUUCCAAACCUACAAGAGUUGUAUCUAGGAGAAAAUAAGCUUGGCGGAGUAAUUCCCAAAUCCAUCUCCAAUGUUUCGCAGCUCACAAUCCUAAGCAUGAUCUACAACAAUUUGAGAGGUACUAUACCACAUGAGAUUGGUGAUCUCCCAAAUUUAGAGAAAUUGAAUCUUGGUGUUAAUAAUCUCAACGGCCUCAUACCAUCGUCAAUCUUCAAUAUGUCCACAAUAACAGUGAUAUCGCUUGUUUCCAAUCAACUCUCAGGUAGCCUCCCAUUAAACAUAGGCCUUGGGCUUCCAAACCUACAAGAGUUGUAUCUAGGAGGAAAUAAGCUAGGUGGUGUAAUUCCCAAAUCCAUCUCCAAUGCUUCGCAGCUCACAAUCCUAGAUAUGGUCAACAACUCAUUUUCUAGCUUUAUUCCUAGCACGCUUUGUACCUUAACAAAGCUUCAAACACUUAAAUUCGGUUUGAAUAAUUUGACGAUCGAUUCUUCUACUCAAGAAGUUAAUCUGCUAUCUUGUUUGGCCAAUCUUAGAAAUUUGACGAAAUUAGGCUUCAAUGGAAAUCCUUUAAAUGCAAGGCUUCCCAAUUCCUUUAGGAAUCUAUCUACAUCACUUCAACAUAUUAAAUUAGCUAACUGCAACAUGAGAGGUAACAUUCCCAAUGAUAUUGGCAACUUGAGCAACUUGAUCGUGCUAAACUUGGGAAACAAUCAAUUGAGUGGACCAAUACCAACCUCAAUGGGAGGACUACAGAAUCUCCAAGGUUUGUAUUUGAAUGGUAACAAAUUGCAAGGACACAUCCCGGAUGAACUUUGUCAGCUAGAAAACCUAGCUGGAUUAUUUUUGGGUGGUAAUCAACUUACUGGUUCUAUACCUUCAUGCUUGGGAGAUUUAACCAGAGCUCUAAGAUAUCUAUUUUUAAGGUUCAAUCUGUUGAAUUCCACAAUACCAUCUACCUUGUGGGGACUCACUGAUAUCUUGCAGUUGUACUUGUCAUCCAAUUCCCUAACUGGACGUCUCUCAGAUCGUAUUGGUAAUUUGAAGGUUGUGCAAGCUAUAGACUUAACAAACAACCGAUUAUCCGGUAGUAUACCAAGCACCAUUGGGGGUCUCCAAGCAUUGGCUUCGCUCUCCUUGGCAAAUAAUGGUUUUGAAGGUCCUAUUCCUAGUUCAUUUGGUGAAUUGCUAAGCCUGGAAAUCUGUGAUCUAUCCAAGAACAAUUUGUCAGGAAUAAUUCCAAAGUCUCUUGAAGCCCUCUUAUAUCUCCGGUAUCUAAAUCUCUCUUUCAACAGACUCCAAGGAGAAAUUCCAACUGGUGGAACUUUCCUGAACCUCUCUGCCCAAUCAUUUUUAUCCAAUGAAGGACUAUGUGGUGCACCACGAUUUCGUGUCCCGCCAUGCAAAAGGAAAAGUGAUAGAUCUAUACUCAUGCGGUUGAAAUAUAUUGUUCCAGGGAUCAUAUCAGCACUACUCCUAGUGUCGCUUGUAUUAAUUUUGAUCAUACGCAGAAAAAGAAAGGCGGAAGUCGCAAGUGAGACUACCUUGUCACCUCAACUUCAAGAGACUACCUUGUUACCUCAACUUCAGUGGAGAAGAGUAGCAUACCAAGAACUUCUAAGAGCGACCAAUCGAUUUGAUGAAUGCAACCUACUUGGCAUUGGGGCUUUUGGCACAGUGUACAGAGGAACACUUUCAGAUGGGAUAAAUGUUGCCAUAAAGGUUUUUAAGCUAGAGUUGGAAAGGGCAUUUACAAGUUUUGAGCGUGAAUGUGAAGUCCUAAGCAACAUUUGUCACCGAAAUCUUAUCAAAGUCAUCAGUUGCUGCAGUCAAAUUGAUUUCAAGGCCAUCGUAUUGAAUUACAUGCCUAAUGGGAGCCUCGAGAAGUGGUUGUACUCUCCCAACUUUUCUUUGAACAUCCUGCAGAGGUUGAACAUAAUGAUAGAUGUUGCAUCGGCAGUGCAGUACCUUCAUCACGGUUAUGAUACACCUAUUGUCCAUUGUGAUUUGAAGCCAAGCAACAUACUACUAGAUGAUGAUAUGGUCGCAUAUGUUUCUGAUUUUGGCAUCGCAAAAGUCUUGGGUGGAGAAGAUUCCAUGACUCAAACCCUGACCUUAGCCACAAUUGGGUAUAUGGCUCCAGAGUAUGGACUGGAAGGAAUAGUCACCAGAAGAGGGGAUGUGUACAGUUUUGGUAUUCUGCUUUUGGAAACAUUCACAAACAGGAGGCCAACAGAUGAGAUGUUUGAUGGGGAAAUGAGUCUAAAGCAAUGGGUUGAAAAUGCAUUAUUUGCAGAUGCAAUAGUUGAAGUUAUUGAUACCAGUCUACUUGGGAUUGAGGAAGAUCUUGCUUUUGUUAGCAAGAGGGAGUGUAUAUCAUCCAUUAUGAGAUUAGCUCUUGCUUGUUGUGUAGAAUCACCGGAACAGAGGAUAAAUAUGCAAGAGGCUCUAGCUACUUUGGACAAAAUCAAGAUCAAGUUUUUGAUGGAUGCCUCAGGAGGUGUGGUGAAGAACCAUCAUCUAAUUGAUGUAUUGCAUGUAUGAUUGUGUGACUCUGCUGCUUGAGGUCAUCAACUGUUAUUCAACAGUAACUUGGUACUUCGAUCUAGCUAUUUUUAUUCUGUAGUCUGUAAUUUGCAUUUUUUGUAUAAUAAACAUUGGUUUGGUUUGAGACUAGCUGCUUGGAAUCAACCAAACACUAUUUUCUCCUAAUGGAACAGAUUGGA